GUUAGAAUACCCUAACAUACAAUUCCAGGUAAGCUGUGCAAUAUCGUAGCAAAUGUCUUUAUUAUAAUGUUUUUUUUUUUAGGGAUCAUGAAGACCUUCAUUAUAUUUGUUGCUCUUGUGGCUGCUGUUUCGUGCUCUGACGAAUGUUACAGGGAUGUCGUUGCUAUUUGUGACUUAUCUUCGGAAGAAGUCGCAUUGACAGAAUGUGAUGCAAAAUACGGUGGCAUCGAUAACAUCGAAAGCAGCUUUCAAGGAAUGGCCAAUACGUUCCUCUACAAAUCUUUAGAUUUCCUACUGAUGGCUACUCUCUACGGAAACUAUGAAAGAGGUCGUCCUGGCUUCCAAAAAUUUUUCCAAAGUCUCUCUGACCAAUUAUGGGACGACGGAAUCAACACUAUUAAAUACAUCACCGAUCGCGGUGGUGAAAUGAAUUUCAACAAUAUUCCAAUCUACCUUCAAGAAGACAGAACCUGUAGUGAACCUUCCGAAUUGGAAGCCAUUGGCAAGGCUUUGGAUAGUACGAAGAAAAUGGCCAGAGUUGUUUUCGAAUUGCACAAGGAAGCUUCUGGACAAUAUUACGAUCCAGAAAUCGCCCGUUAUUUGGAAGACGAGUAUAUGGCAAAGCAGAAAGAUAUAAUCAGGACUUUGGCAGGACAUGCUAAAGAUCUUAGUAGUUUGUUGGACGGACCUGAUGCUCCUUUGGGACUUUAUUGGUUUGAUAAACACUUGCAGGAAUAAGUAUCUAUAUAAUAUGAGUAUUGAUUUAUAAAGAUGUGAAAUAGUUAAGGUUUAAUUGAAAUCAUUUUUUGGGAUUGUCAGAUUAUAUUGUAGAAUUUGAUUAAAAAAAUAUUAAGCUGUUUUUUUUAUUAUCGGAUUAUCUACUCCAAAUUAAAUACCUACACUGAGAAAAUUCCCAGCAAAGAAUUAUUUCCUAAACUUUUUUUGGCUAAGACAGGCAGAAUUUUCUCGGUACCUAUAAAAAUACUUUAUCCACAAACAUCAAAUAAUGGCAGUUUU